GACUAGGCAAUAUGGUUGAAAGACUAUAGCCUGUCCUCUAAACGAAUAAAAAAAAUCAACUGGCGAUCUGUCAAUGUCAAUGAAUUUCAUUCUUUUUCCGGUGUGCUGUCAACGUUGUAAUACGUUUCGACGGCGGUUCGCCUGAGUAAUCCAAGUUAAUCAGCUUGGAAGUUUUAUAAAUUCACAAAGUUGUGCUAUUAUAACACGCCACAAUGCCGCCAAAAUUCGAUCCUAAUGAAAUUAAAAUCGUCAAAUUGAGAUGUGUUGGUGGAGAAGUCGGUGCCACAUCAUCCUUGGCUCCCAAAAUCGGUCCUCUCGGUCUCUCCCCUAAAAAGGUUGGUGAUGAUAUCGCUAAGGCCACCAGUGACUGGAAGGGUCUCAAGAUCACUGUCCAGCUUACGGUACAGAACAGACAGGCACAGAUUGCUGUGGUACCUUCAGCAGCUGCCCUCGUCAUCAGAGCUCUGAAGGAGCCUCCUCGUGACCGUAAGAAGCAAAAGAAUGUGAAACACAACGGCAACAUCACAUUAGAAGAUGUUAUCGGCAUCGCCAAGAUCAUGAGGGCGCGCUCCAUGGCCAGGUACCUCUCUGGCUCAGUGAAAGAGAUCCUCGGCACUGCUCAGUCUGUGGGCUGCACCAUUGACGGCAGGCCCCCACACGACAUCAUUGAUGACAUCAACAGUGGCGCCAUCACCAUUGAUGAAUAAACUUUGAGGACUUAA